AUGGGAGGUAACAAUUCAAGGUUGAUUAAUCCAAAUGGCGGCGAUGUAUUGCCGGCGAAGAUUCGUCCUCUUCUUGGACAAAGAUUUGAAGAGUUUAGAAAACGUAGGAAUAACGUGCAAGCAGAAGACAAUGAACUUUCGAAGAAACAACUUUUGAAGGACAAUGAUGGAGGCUCUGAUGGGAAGUGUUCGGAUCAAAAUGAAGUUUCGGAAGAAACUCAACCGCAAAAAGAACAGCAGACAAUAAUACAUGCAGUGGCUAUUGACAAACUCUCUCAAGUUGUUCCGUUGCCAGUUUCUGAAUGCGAAAAUAAGGAAGAGAAGAAGGAGAAGAAGGAAGAAGGGCCGAAAGGACCGAUAGAUAAAGAUGUUGAGAAGACAACAACUGAAGUAAAUAUUGGAUUGUCCAUGCAAGAAAAACAUGACAAGGAUGAAGGAGAAAGUAAAGAGGAAGAGGAAGAAGAAGAGGAAGACGAAGACGAGGAUGAUGGAAGACGUAUAGGUCCUGGAUCACCGAGUUUUAAAAUAUAUUGCGUUGCGAGCAACAAGAAAAAAGAACAAGAAUCACAUGACACACAUGCAAGCGCCGAGCAAAUACCUGAGAAAGAGGAUCAAAACAUUGCCGUGUACAACAAGUCACACAGUACUGAUGAUAGCGAUGAAAGUGAGAUAUCUGAAUCGGAGAAUGCAAGCAACUCGAACGAUGUUGUUAAGGAGACGACUCCGAAGAAAAAAGGACAUAACAAGAGAAAGAAGCUAGAGGCAAUGAAGAAAAAUCUACUGAAUGUUAAGAAUAUACAGAAGAAUAGAAUGAAUCGAAUGAUGGGUUGCGCGGGAAAUGACAGAAGAAGUCUUCUUGAGGAUAACUGA